CUUUGCAUUGCAAACUGUGCGGUUGUCUCUUUUCUGUAAACGCAACUCGAUAACAGAGAAUAGAAUAUUCUCUUCCAAAUGAAACAGAGAAAAAAAUAAAACAGAAAUAAACAAAGUGUUCGUUCAGUUAUUUUCAAACGUCAAAUUGGAAUUCUAUUCGUUUUCCUUGAAAAUCAAAUUUUAAUCUCAAAUCUUUUGUAAUUAAAGCUGUGAUUGAACAAGAAAAGUACUCUCGUAAAACAAAAAAAAAAUAUUUAACCAAAGAAAUAGUUUUUAGUUAUAAUUUUUCCAAGAAAACCCUAGUAUUUUGAGUAAAGAAUUUUAUUUAAAAGAUUUACUUCAAUUUAAUGGUUUUCCCCGUUGCUUGUGGAAAAUUAAGUAUUAAUUAAGGACUGUUUUGAAGUGACUGCACUGCACUGUGUGAAAGUAUUUUUGAAACCUAAACAACAAACGUUUGGAAGUUUCUGGAAGUGUUGAGGCUCUGUGCCAUACAGUUUGAGGCUGUUUUUAGUGCCUUCGGCUAAAAGCACGUGUUUAUCGGCUAUCAGGCACUGCUAUUGGAAUAAUUGAGAGACUAGUGAGGAUUUCCUUGGACCAUAUACUUUUGGGUGAACUUAUUUGAGGAUUACCUUUGGAUAACAACCUUCUACCCAAAAUGAGUUUUCACACCAGCAAUUCCAGGACGCCUUUGGCGCCCCCAGAAUACACCAAAAUACCGACAGUUUCGGCGGGCUAUGAUAACGAGAAGCAUAACGGCUCAAGGAGUAAUAACGCGUCCGUAAAUCAAUCAAAAUUCAUACGUCCCGAAAUGGCCGAUGUCCCAGUACAGCAGGCUGCAGGCUCUACACUGCCUUUAGUGAUAUCAAAGAAGAAAGGCGGUGGUGCAGAUGAUUCCGAGGAUGUAAAUUAUAAUCCAUUCGAGCACCGGAAAGUGGAACAUCCAACAUCUGAUAUGGAAACAUUCGUACAUCUGCUUAAGGGCUCCCUGGGUUCUGGCAUCUUGGCCAUGCCAAUGGCCUUCCUUAAUGCCGGUCUUUGGUUCGGUUUAGUCGCUACCUUUCUGGUUGGCACACUGUGCACGUAUUGUGUGCACAUAUUGGUCAAAUGUGCCCACAUUUUGUGUCGGAGGCGUAAAAUACCCAUGAUGGGUUUUGCCGAUGUUGCUGAGCAGGCAUUCCUUGAUGGUCCAAUCGGUUUGCAGCGUUGGUCCCGGUUCAUACGUUUCGUUGUAAACACCUUUUUGGUCAUCGAUUUGAUCGGUUGCUGUUGUAUUUAUCUGGUGUUUGUGGGAACAAAUGUCAAGCAAGUGGUGGACUUUUACAUGGAGGACGGCAGUGAGAUCGGCAUUAGACCUUGGAUUGCAAUUAUCACCAUACCCUUGAUCUUUAUGUGCCUGGUGAGAAAUCUGAAAUUUUUGACUCCCUUCUCGAUGGUGGCAAAUCUCUUGAUGUUUGUUGGCAUUAUUAUCACCUUCACGUAUGUCUUUACUGAUAUGCCCUCGACCACUGAACGUGUGGGCAUGGCCGAUGUUGUUCAAUGGCCAUUGUUCUUCGGCACCGUCAUAUUUGCUCUGGAAGGCAUUGGUGUAGUUAUGUCUUUGGAGAAUGACAUGAAAACCCCAACACAUUUCAUUGGUUGCCCUUCCGUCUUGAAUUUGGGCAUGGGCGUGGUUAUCACUUUGUACACCAUGGUUGGAUUUUUUGGCUACUUGAAAUAUGGCCCCGACACAGCCGGCAGUAUCACCUUGAAUUUGCCUGUGGAAGACAAAUUGGCUCAAUCCGUUAAAUUGAUGAUUGCUAUUGCCAUUUUCUUCACUUUCACUUUACAAUUCUAUGUGCCCAUGAGCAUUAUUUGGAAGGGUAUUCAACACAAAAUUGCUCCUGAAAAACAGAAUUGGUCGGAAUAUGCUUUGCGUGUUUGUUUGGUGAUACUUUGUGGUGCCAUUGCCGUUGCACUGCCCAAUUUGGGACCAUUUAUUUCCCUCAUCGGUGCUGUGUGCCUUAGCACAUUGGGUAUGAUUGUGCCAUCCAUUAUUGAAUUGGCUGUUUAUCAUGAGGAUCCUGGCUAUGGUCGUUGCAAUUGGCGUCUGUGGAAGAACAUUUUCUUGAUUUGCUUUGGCAUUGUCGGCUUUGUUACCGGCACCUAUAUCAGUAUAUUAGAAUUCCAUGCCGAAUUCAGUCAGUAAUUGAUCAAUUUUAAGUAUUUUUUUGUUUAUAUAUGAGAUGAUAUUUUUUUCUAUUACAUUAAAAAAAAAAAAACUAUUUUACAUAUAUAGCUGUAGAGGUAUGUUCUAAAAUUAAAACAAAAAAACCACUAACAAUAAAAUAUAUGAUAACAAAAAAUAACAAUAGUAAUUUAUAUAUGCAAUAUGACAAACACAGGGAUUGUAAUGAAAAAGAAAACUAACUCAGAAUUUAUUUUAACCAAAAAUUAUAACGAACAUGGCCUAACAUUUAAGCAUAAUUAAAAGAAUUAUUUUAAGAAAAAAAACAACAUAUCGUAGGGGGGAAAAAAUCAUGUAUUGAUUUUUUUCCUCUUCAUUUCGUAUGAUAAGAAAAAGACAACUUUUUUGUUUUGGGAAAUUUUCUAGAAAAAUUGGCUCAAAUUCAGAACAAGAUUUUAUUGUAUUAAAGUUAAUGUAUAAAAAUAAGAAUAAGCUAACUUAGUUUAAUGAACCCCCCCAAAAAAAUCCGUAGUACCUUUUGCUAACAAUAAAAACAAAAAACUGUAGAAAGAUUUUAAUAAUACUAUAUAACUAAAUGCUAAUUAUUUAUGAACAUAGUUUAAAGCUGGGCCGAAAAGAAUUUUAAAUUAUAUUUUGGCCUAUUACGAUUUUUUCUUAAUACUAACUCCUUAAUCAUUGUCAUAUAAUUACAGAAAGGCAUUGUCACAAUAUCAACACAACAUCAGGUCAAAAUCCAUAUUUUCUCACUAUUUAAACUCAAAGAAAUGAAUAAUUUAUUAAAUUAACCUAAAACCUAUAGUAUUGAAAAAACAA